AUGCCGUUGGUUUCAGGAGAUAUGUUGGAUGAUACUAAUGUGUUGAUUGUUGAUGAGAGGGACUAUAACCGGAAUGAGCAGAAAGAAAAACAUGAUUCAUGGUUAAAGUCUAUGACAGACGAGGAAAAGAACAUAUAUAGGGAGAUCAUGGAAGCAGUGGAUAUUGACAUGGGUGGUGUGUUCUUUGUCUAUGGGUUUGGUGGAACUGGAAAAACCUUCCUAUAUAAAACUCUAUCAGCAGGAUUAAGAGCGAGAGGAUCAAUUAUCUUAAAUGUUGCAUCCAGUUGCAUUGCUUCUCUAUUGUUAGCAGGUGGAAGGACAACAUAUUCUAGGUUCGGAAUUCCAAUUAACCCGCAUGAAAGUAGUGUUUGUACAAUGAGUCCUGGAUCAGCUCAAGCACAACUGGUGGCAGAAGCAUCUUUGAUCAUAUGGGAUGAAGCUCCUAUGAUGAGCAAACACUGUGUUGAAUCAUUAGAUAGAAGUUUGUCGGAUAUUAGAAAAGGAGCUGGUAAUCGACCUUUUGGUGGAAAAGUUGUUGUAUUUGGGGGAGAUUUCAGGCAGGUGUUACCCAUCAUCCCGAAUGCUGGAAGAGCAGAAAUUUGUAUGAGUGCACUAAAUGCAUCUUAUCUUUUGAAGCAUUGUAAACUAUUGAGGUUGACCAAGAAUAUGAGGCUUCUUGCGAAUAAUUUGAGCCCUACGACAGCUAAAGAGAUAAAGGAUUUCUCAGAAUGGAUACUAAAAGUUGGUGAUGGAAAGAUUUCUCAGCCUAAUGAUGGUGAAGUGAUGAUAGAUAUUCCUGAAGAGUUUUUAAUCACAUGGCAGAUGAUCCUAUUGAGGUAA